AGCACCAUCAUCAUUCACUACCCCCUUUAACAUUUUAAGAACUUAUUUCAUCCAAAAUCAUUUCUUCUUCUUCUUCUUCCCUUUUUUUUUUUUUAUUGUAUUUGUUUUGUAAUGUACCCCCCUAAGUCACCUAAUUGUUUUUCAGGGAGUAAUGUGAAGAUAGCCACAGCUCCAUCCAGCGUGGUGGUGCUAACAGAUGAUAACUUUGGUGAGAUUGUACUUGAUGAAACCAAGGAUGUUUUGGUUGAGUUUAAUGCACCAUGGUGUGGCCAUUGUAAAAACCUUGCUCCUACCUAUGAGAAGGUAGCAACAGCAUUUAAACAGGAAGAAGAUGUGGUUAUUGCUAAUCUAGAUGCUGAUAAAUACAAGGAUUUAGCUGAAAAGAACGGAGUCAAUGUUACACUUGUGGUGCGUGAGUGCAGGGUUGAAGUAAGCAGGUUGGACCCAACGCUGAAAUUCUUUCCAAAGGGCAACAAAGCUGGUGAAGAAUUUGAGGGUGGAAGGGAUUUAGAAGACUUUGUUGCUUUCAUCAAUGAAAAAUGUGGUACAAGUCGUGAUGGAAAAGGACAGCUUACAUCAAAAGCUGGUACAGUGUCAAGCUUAGAUGCAUUGGUGAAGGACUUUAUAGCUGCUGCCGAUGGUGAGAAAAAAGCAGUCUUUUCCAAGAUAGAGGAGGAAGUUGAGAAGCUCAAGGGUUCUACUGCAAGACAUGGAAAGAUUUAUUUGAAAGCUGCUAAAAGUUGUUUGGAGAAAGGUGCUGAUUAUCCCAAGAAAGAAAUCGAGCGCCUCCAUCGCAUGCUUGA